UUAUCUUCGCGAACCAACUCUUGUCGGGAAAAUCCUAAAAAUGCUGCGUGAAAGUCACUUAAAAGUAUAGCUACUGGGACCUUCGAAGUUCUUAGAAAGGACAGAGACGCCCCGGAGCCCUGAAAGAACGGGCGUGCCGGGAGCCUCGUCCUCCAGUGUAAGGAAAGGCGGGACACUCGCCCUCGGCAGGGGUGACCUGUGGCUUCUGAGCCCGGGACUUAAGGGGGGGCGUCCCCUACUCAAGGUCAGAAAGAGCUGCCAGCACAGACAGCUGCUCUCUCCGGAAGGCACUGGCUGCUUCUUUAAAAACAACAAAAACAAAACCCUUCGUCACCCGGCGGGACCAGGGAGGUGAAAAGCAGACUUGUCAAGCGGCUCACUAACCGAUCCUAGCUGCAAGGCCCAUAACGUCCAUGGGAUCAAAGACUAAGAGAGCCCUGCUAACUCCCCUCAUCCAUUCCCCUCGCCCGUUCCGGGUCUCCAACCAUGACAGAAGCAGCCGGAGAGGGGUGAUGGCAAACAGUCUGGAGGAGCUUCUCAGCAAGACCCUGGAGGCCCUUGUUAUCACCACUGGCCUGGUCACUUUGGUGCUAGAAGAGGAUGGCACUGUGGUGGACACAGAGGAAUUCUUUCAGACCUUAGGAGACAACACACAUUUCAUGGUCUUGGAAAAAGGACAGAAGUGGACACCGGGUAGUAAUUAUGUUCCAGUUCGCCAGCAACCAAAGAAAUCAGGAAUAGCAAAAGUCACCUUCGACUUGUACAGGCCGAAUCCCAAGGAUGUCAUUGGCUGCCUCAACGUGAAGGCCACCAUGUACGAGAUGUACUCGGUCUCCUACGACAUCCGGUGCAAUGGGCUCAGGUCCAUGCUGAGGAGCCUGCUGCGGUUCCUGUCCCAUGCUGCCCAGGUGACUGGGCAGUUUCUCAUCUACGCAGGCACCUACAUGCUCCGUGUGCUCGGGGACACAGAACAGCAGGCUUCUCCUAAGUCCCGCUCCAGGUGGGGGUUCAUGCAUGAAUAGGGAUGCAGACUGCAGGGGCACAGCCAGCUCUUAACACAAUGCCAACAGUCCCUUUCAGAUGACAAAUUUGGAAGAAGUGCAUGUUCUUAACCACAUAUAGUUGUAAGCUCACGGUCUCUUCUACUCAGGAGUGGUACCUGGCUCAAAGGGGUUGUUUGGGUGAUGCCGUGGGGGCUGUGCAUGCCAGGCUGAAGAGAAAUCAGGGAGGGGGUCCGUGGGCCAGAGGAAUGUGGCUGGACAGCAGCAUGUACUUGCAUUUGGCCUUUUUAGCACUUCAUUUCCUGCAGUAAAUCACAAUACUUUUAAUAUUUAAGUGCAAUAAUACUUCCCUGUACAAUUAUAAAUCAGAGACAUCCUGCAGUGGAGGAGGAGGGA